AUGGCAUGGCCGGGGCGCGGGCUCCCCGACCCCGGGGGGAGGCAGCCCCCGACGGCCGGGAGGCGGACGCUGGGUCCCCGGGCGUCCGGCGCCGGCGCGCGGGAAGGCGGGCGGAGGCUGCCCGGUCAGCGUCCCCGGGGCCGCAGGGCCGGGGUCCUGGCCAUGGCCCCGCCUGCCCGGUGCGCCCCGCGCUUCCCUGGGGGCUCGGGGUCCGCCCGCGGGUCCGCAGCUGAGCCGCAGCAGGCGCCGGAGCUCUCGGCCCGCCCUCCCUCCUGCUCCGCCAGAGACGCCCAACUAAGUCCCAGCCUCAGCCCGGGCUCCUCAGAUGCAGGCACAUGGACCCCGCGGGCGGGACGCGGGCGGGGGAGCCAGAGCUCCGGACUCCCGAUUGGGCGAGCGGCCCGUCCCUCGCGCCAAGCUCCGCCUCCUUGCCGUCACCCCCGGAGGACUGGCGAAAUCAUAAAGUGCCCCGAACUCUGCGGAGCCGCAGCCCGGGCCCGCGGACCCCCCGUCCUGAGCGGCCGCCCGAGGCUCCCCGAGGCUCCCCGAGGCUCCCCGGGCGCGCCCGACGGGCGCUCGGGCUCGCUCUCCCGGGGCCGGCUGCAGGCGCCGGACCCCGGCGCGACCGGACGCCUCGCUCCCUGCCGGCCCCCAGCCUCCUCCGCCCCGCGCUGGACGCCGCCCGCCCCCCGAGGCGAAUCCUGCCCUUCCUGGAGCCUCCCGGGAGGCCAGGGCUGGGGAGCCUUCGAGGAGCCCGGCCCCUGCACCUGCAGGCGAGGGAGGUCACCUCCGGGGAAGCCCCUGGAGCCCAGGAAGGGAGCGGAGCCCGGGCCCGGGCGCUCUGAAUCGCCCCCUCGCAGCCCCGAGGAUCGGGGGCCGUGGAGGUCUUCAAGCCCGACCCCUGGUUUUAUAGAGAGCGGGAAACUGAGGCACCGAGCGGGAAAGGCGAGUGCCCAAAGUCACGCAGCCAAUGGCUAG